CCCGAAUUUAUGUCGUGCCCAUCAUAAUGGCGCAUCCCCUCGGCCUUUACACAGUUACAGUACAACUUAAACCCCACUGUUCGGGGGUUUUGUGCGCUGCCGAUUUUUCGGCAUUUUCAAACGGCAGAAAACUAGCUAGCAAGAGUGUGGAAGAAAAGCGGAGGCCAUAAAAUGGUGAGAUUAACUGCAGAUUUGAUUUCGAAAAGCCCCCAUUUUUUCAAUGCCGUUCGCGAGCGAGAGCUCGAUCUCCGAGGGAACAAAAUUGCUGUUAUCGAGAACGUUGGUGCGACUGAGGACCAGUUUGACACCAUUGAUUUAUCCGACAAUGAGAUUGUGAAGCUCGAAAACUUUCCCUACUUAAAUCGCCUAGGAACUUUGUUUCUGAAUAACAACAGAAUUACUCGCAUCAAUCCCAAUCUUGGAGAAUUUUUGCCCAAACUGCACACUUUGGUACUCACUAACAAUAGGCUAACAAACCUGGUUGAAAUCGAUCCUCUUGCAUCUCUCCCGAAGCUGCAGUUUCUUAGUCUUCUUGACAACAACAUCACAAAGAAACCAAAUUACCGGUUAUAUGUCAUCCACAAGUUGAAGUCUCUACGUGUUCUAGAUUUCAGGAAAGUCAAACAGAAGGAGCGGGUUGAAGCCAAGAAUUUGUUUGCAUCCGAAGAGGCUGAAGAAGAAAUUAGAAGGGAAUCUGCAAAGACUUUUGUGCCUGGUGAGAUCCCUAGCACUCAGGAACCUGCAAAGGAGGAACAAACGCCUAAACCAGUUGCUCCUACACCAGAGCAAAUUUUAGCUAUAAAGGCAGCCAUUGUGAAUUCACAAACUCUUGAGGAGGUGGCGAGGCUUGAACAGGCACUCAAGUCAGGCCAGCUUCCAGCUGAUCUCAAUAUCAGUGAUGGUGGCAAUGCACCUAAAAGUGAAAGUGCUCAACAGGAUAAUAUGGUCACUGAUGAAAAAGAAGCAGAAAAUGAACUUAAAGAUAAUGAAUCUGAAAAGAAAGGAGAUGGGCCUGCAGAAAUGGAAGAGGAAUAGCUGAAUCGUGAAAAUGUGACAAUUCACAAUCCUUAUUUUGCCAUGCUUGCUGAUUGAACUUGAAAGGUGGCGGAAUUUGUAGCUCUGAUACAGUGUGUUGUAACCAUUUCUUUCUCAUAUUAGAGUUUUCACCAAAAUGGGUGGUGAAGGAUAAUCGGUUUAUCAUUUACGCUACGUUUAUUUGCUGUCCUGUGCUGGUGGUGAUAUCCGAUGAAAAUGCUUGUGUAUUACAUUUAUACACAUUUUCAGUUCGACUUUGUGAAUUUGCUUCAAUUUCGCAGUUUGGAUGGCUAUAUAUAUCAUUCUCAUUAUCCUCCCUAUAUUAAUUCAAAAUAUCCCUUCCCUCUAUAUAUUUAUUCAAAAUACGUUGAGCCUAAGUGGUAGAUUCUCACGCUUCGAAUGCUGACAUGGCAAAAAUCUACGCUUC